AUGCUCGAAAGACACUUGGAAAGCUCACAAGGCCUCGCGGACGAACAGUAUGGUUUCCGGAAGGGUCGCUCGACCGAGGACGCAAUAAGCGCACUGGAGUCGACCGCAAAUGCGGCACUCGGAAAAUACGAACUUUGUGUCGCCGUAAGCCUCGACAUUAGAAAUUCGUUCAAUUCCAUUGGCUGGGAUCACAUAAAGACAGCGCUGCAAAAGUGUGAUGUCCCCGAGUACCUGCUGCAGACAUUCCAAGCAUACUUCAAGGAGAGAUCCGCAACGUUGGCACAUUCCCACUCCGCUACUGGUCAACUAGAGAUUAACAUAACAUGCGGCGUGCCGCAGGGUUCGGUAGUCGGCCCGACGCUGUGGAAUGUAGCGUACGACAGAGUAUUAAGAGCCCAGUGCCCGGAAUCCACAAAGAUAAUAGGAUUCGCCGACGAUACACUCGUCAUGGCUUUUGGCAAAACAACCGAAGAUGUGGAAAGGCGAAUAAACGAGGCGUUAGAAGUGGUAGCAGAAGAGAUCAGCAUACUCGGACUGUCAUUAGCGACGGAGAAGUCCGAAGCCGUAUUCUUCAAAAGGCAAUACAAAAAAAGGAAACCCACCAUCAGACUGAACGGCGCGGAUGUACCAAUAACGAAGACAAUGAGGUAUCUUGGACUGACAAUAGACGAGAAGCUGAAGUUUAGAGAACAUAUAAAGGAAGCAGCUAAAAAGGGACAGCGGGUGCUGACGUCACUCAAGAGACUAAUGCCGGACAUAGGCGGACCCACGGAACCACGCAGACGACUGCUGGUAAGUGUUGUCCAGUCGGUGAUGCUGUACGGUGCCCCGAUAUGGGCAACCUCGCUGGAGUACUCCAAGGUCAUCAGAAGAGAACUGCUAAAGGUACAACGGCAAGCGGUACUUCGCAGUAUUUGUGGGUACCGCACAAUAUCAUACGACACGACAUACAUUUUAGCGUCGACCCCUCCAAUUGACCUCAUAGCAAUGGAGAGGAGGAAGCUGUUCCAAAUCAGAAGAGGGUUGACAAGGAAAACAGUACAAGAGGCAAAAGGUGACACAAUGGUGGAAUGGUUGCAGAGGACGGAAGACGCCAAAAAAGGGGAAUGGACGCGGACACUAAUUCAUGACGUACGAGGCUGGGUGAUGAGGAAACAUGGGAGCAUGGACUUCCAUCUCACUCAAGUAUUAUCUGGGCAUGGCUGCUUCAGUUAUUACACCCACCGAAUAGGGAAAAAAGAGGAGCCAAACUGUAGGCACUGUCCAUCAACUCUAGACAACGCGCACCACACGCUGGUUGAAUGUAGGGCAUGGGCAGCUGAAAGAGAGGAGUUAGAAGCAGAGAUCGGCCAGUUGAACAUCGGCUCACUGAUCGGGAAGAUGCUCAGCAACACUCAGGCUUGGGAAGCAGUGUCCGCAUUCGCGAAACGGACGAUGAAGCAGAAGGAGGCGUUGGAGCGUGCCCAGCAGCUGGAAGAGAGGAACAUGACAAACUAG